AUGACAUAUGCGGAGCUCUCCCCCGAAAGGAUACCGUAUUACCUAUCUGACGACAACACCGACCCGAGCCUCAACGUCGCCUAUCUGAAAGAUGCGUACGAUCUGCUGCACCACACUCUGAAGAAUGAGCCCAGAGCAAAGGUAGACAUAAAUUCCUUGCCUUACAGGUGCUCAAUCCUUGAUUAUGGCAUGCGCACUGGAAUUUGGUCGAUUGAAACAGCAGAAUGCGUAAGGCACUUGCAGGGUCGAGUGGUGGGUUACGACAUUACCGACAUGCACCCGCCAAUGGACAAACUUCCGGAUAAUUUAACCAUUGCUAUAGGAGAUGACGAAAGGGUGUGGCGCAAAGGCACCUCCUACGACAUCAUUCACGCGCGAGUCGUCGAGAGCAUCGUAGAUUGGCAGGACUUCCCCAAAAUUGCCUACAACAAUCUCAACCCGGGUGGUUGCUUGAUCGUCGAAAUGGUUGAUCUUAUGCCUUGCGGCGAUGAGCAGAGGUCUUUUCCAGCAGACUCGGCUCUCAAGGCCUGGGCAGAGAAGUUCCGUCAGUACGAUAAGCGUCAAGCUGAUCAACAGGAAAUCGAGGCUUUGCUUCGAGAUCAGGGUUUCGACGUUACAUGCGCAACGAUUGAUUUACCGAUCAAUCCCUACAGGCAAUCCGAAAAUGAGCGAGAGAGCGGCAAACGCUUUCAUUGGUGCCUCAGACAGUUUGUGCAGGCCAAAUGCUUUGCAUCUCGUCGCGAAGCCCCGCCGCAAGAAAUGUUGGACCAAGGAAAUCCGGAAUCCCGAUAA